AUGACGGAAGACUGGGCGGACAAGGGCGGAGCCGUCCUGGCUACUCGUCCUGACGGAGCGAUCGUGAUGCAGAGGGCUGAGAUGGAGAUCAUCGUUCACUCGGGGCCAGGUUUGCGUUUCUGGGGCGUUGGAUCUGGAGAGGGAGGAGGAGGGCGAUGGAGAGGGAGAGGAGGAGGAGAGGAUGAAGAUGAGGAGGAAGAGGAAGAGAACGGCGAAGGCAAGGAAGUCGGUGCUUCUGGAAACGAGGCAUGGGACUCCUGA